AUGAAUAACACUGGACCAAGGAUUAACUUUUCUAACAGUUCUCAAUAUAUUGGUCGUACUGUUUGUUUAGUAGGACGCGUUUCUAAAAAAGCCAACAAUUCAGUUACAAUCAAAACUAGUGAUGGUGCCAAAUCUUUAUCAUCGGAUAUUAAUAGAAUAGAUAAACAAGAACUUGAAUAUAUGUCAAUUAUUGAAAAACUUCAAUUUGAACUUCAAUUAUUCGAAUCGUUCCAUAAAGAUAAAUCACAAAGUUUGGAUGCCGUUAAACGUGAAUUGACAAGAUUAGAGCAAAGUUAUCACGAAACAUUACAACUCGUCGAUGAAUUACGCGAAGAACUUAAAAAACGUGACGGGUUGGCCAAUUUUGAACUCACAAAUUCUCUUGAUAAAAAAGAAUUUGUUUCAACUUCAACUUCAACUUCUUCAGGUCGUCAAUUACAAUUAGCUAAACAAAAAGAAGAAGAAGCAGUACGAAAAUCAUCUUUUAUUGAUACAAAUAUCAAAGAAAAAUAUGAAAAUCAAAUUAAAGGAUUACAAUCUCAAAUAAAGGAAUUGAAAGAACAACAAAACAAAGAUGCGAUUAUUUAUCAAGAAGUGUCAAAAACUCACGAAAAAAAUAUUCGUGAUUUGACAAUCCUUCAAGAAAAAAUCGUUAUACUUCAGGCUGAUAUUUCAACAAAAGAUCAAACUAUUGCCGAUCUUUUGCUUCCAAAUUCUGAACAUGAAAACACAAUUAAACUACUUGAAAAAAAUCUUCAUGAAGUUAAAGAAGCUCAUCGACUUGCAAUUCAAGAAAAAAAUAACAGAGAAAUUGAUAAUCUUACACAAAAAACAGUAGGCAAACUUGAAGAACAAUUAGUAAUAUUGCAAAAAGAAAUAACAAAUUCACCAGAUACCAUAGAAACUUCACAUAACCAAAAAGAAUUGGUAACCUUAUUACUAAGUCAUCUUGAGACUUUGAAAUCUGAUAUUAAACGUAAAAACGAUUUUAUCAGACGAUUAAAAAAUGAUUUACUAGAUCAAAAUAAAUUAAAAGAAAAAUUAAGCGACAAAGAAAAUCAUUUAAUAACAUUGUCUAAUCAAUUGAAAGAUGCCAGGAUUAAAGAUUUAGAUAUGCAACGACGAUUACAAGAACUUCAAUUACAAUUGGAAAAUUCUGAAAGCAGUAAAAUUGCAUUACUUCAAACUGAAUUGGAAAUGAUUCGAAAAGAAUUUAAUGAUGUGAAAGGAAAAGAAGCAUUUGCCCUGGAAAGAUUACGUUUAUUGGAUGUUGAAGAAUCUAAGCUUCAAAAAGAUUUAGAAAAUCUUCGUAAUAUAGAGAUCAAUCAACGUGAAAGAAUUGUAGAAUUGGAAAAUCAGGUGAAAGAACAAGGUGGUCAAGUUGAUGAAAAUUUGAAUAAUCUUAGAAAUGAAUUGGCUAGCGUCAAGAAAACAGAAAUGAUCAAAGAUCGUGAAAAUAUGUUAGUUGAAGUUCAAUCGUCUACCAAUAAAGAUGAAUUAGAAUUAAUCAAACGUCUUAAUGAAGAAAUUGAGCUUUUACAAGUCGAGAAAUCUGAACAAUCAUCGAAAAUUCAAACCUUUGAAUCUAGAUUAAAACACGUCCAAGAAGAUCCAAAUACUGUAAAUUUAAAAAAUGAACUCACCGAACUCAAAUUACAAGAAAAAAAAUUACAAGCAAAAGUUGCAGAGUUAGAAAAUCAACUGAUCUUGGUAGAAAAAAAAUCGGAAAGUUUACAAGCCAUGAAAGACGAAUUGGUCAAAUUAAAAGAAUUAGAAACCGAUCAAAAAACCACUAUAGAACAAUUAAACUUACAACUUCAAGACACCAAAGACGCAAAAGAAACUGUGAUUAGAGAAUGGGAAUCCAUGAAAGAGAAUUUUUGUGCACAAACAAAACUUGUUGUGAAGCUUGAAAAUGGAUUGAAAAUUUUGAUGGAAGAAUUGAAUCUGGUAAAAGAUAAUCAUACAGAGACUUUAAAAGACAUUGAAAGUCUUGCCGAAUUUCUGAAUACUACAUUGGCACAACAGGGAGAGGAUAAGAAAAAAAUCGCAAGUUUAGAGGAAGAAAUCGAAGUGAUGAAGGCUGGUGGUAAAGUUGCUGAUUCUAAUUUUUAUAAUCUUCGAGAAGAAUUAGCAAAUACCAAACUCGUAAUGGAAUCACAAAAUGCACUUUUGGAUAAAUUAGGUGAUCAAUUGAUGAAUAUAGAGAAAGAAAGAAAUAGAUUGUUGGAGAAUGUCGACGAAUUGAAUAAAGUUAUUGAAGAAAAAGUACAAAAAGAAAAAGAAGCAAUUUUAUCUUUUGAAACAAAUGUAAAAGAUUUGGAAAAAAAACUUGAAGAAGAGAUAAAAAAUUCCAAAUCUUAUCAAGAAACGGUCAAAAAUUUAGAAGAAAAGCUUUCAAAGAUGCAAUCACAACUUGAUGAAGCAAGAUUAUCAGAUGAAAAACGUGCGAAAAUGGUCAAUGAAUUUAAAAUGGUGCUAAAAGAAGCCAAUGAUGCUCUUGUCGAAAAAGAAAGAUUAAUAGCUAGCAAAGAUUCUCUUUUGACUGAACUAGAUUCCUCCAUUAAAAAAUUAAAUUCUCAGCUUGAUUUAACAACAAGUUCAGAAAGUGAACGUGUUUCAAAACUUCAAGAACAACUUUGUGAUAUCGAAGAACAAUUAAAAACUACAAAGAUAUUUGCAAAUGAGCAAUUGGAGAGAGUUAAAGAGUUGGAAAAACAAAUUGAAGAAAUCGAAGAACAGAAAUUAGAACAAUUGAAUAAAUUAAACUCGGAAUUGGAAGAAACUAAAUCUAUCGAGGCCUCCAAAACCAUGUUAAUUAGUGAAUUGGAAAAACAAAUUGAAGAAAUUGAAGAACACCAAUUGGCGCAAUUGAAUAAAUUAAACUCGGAAUUGGAAGAAACGAAAUCUAUUGAGGCCUCCAAAACCACGUUAAUUAACGAAUUGGAGAAACAAAUUCGAGAAAUCGAAGAACAUCAAUUGGCACAAUUGAAUAAAUUAAAUUCAGAGUUGGAAGAAACGAAAUUUAUCGAGGCCUCCAAAACCGUGUUAAUUAAUGAAUUGGAGAGUACUUUGAAAGAGAAUCAAGAAAAGAUAAAGAUGUUGGAUGAUUCGUUAAGCGGUGCUAAGGCUGAACUCGAAAAAGUCAAAAAAUCUGAAAUUGAACAAACAGAACUAGUUCAAGCAUUAGAAAAGCAACUUCAAGAAGUGGAUGACAAUAGGAAUGAAGAAUUGAUAAAACUUAAAGAAGCACAUAUAGAACUUGAAAAAAUGAAGGAAGAUUGUACAAAUUUGGAAAAUGAAAAGGAUAUUGUUAAUGAUGAAAAAACAAAACUUACUAAUGACUAUAAUGAAAAAAUGAACAAGGUAGAAGAAGAAAUCAAUGGCUACCGUGAAAAAAUGGAGGAAUUAAACAAGCAAAACGAAAAACUUGAAUUUGAAAAGAAACAAGAAUUAGAGAAAAAUGUUAAUCUUGAAAUAAAGAUUGAAAAUCUUCAAAAUGAAUUUGAUAAAUUGACAAAAGAAUUUCUAGAAGUUUCUGUUGAAUAUCAAGAACUAGAAAAACUUGCACAAGAAUAUAAAGAUCAUAUAACACAAUUGGAAGUAAAAUCUGUAACAAAUACAAUGACUAUUGAAAAAUUAUCUGCAGCAACUAAAGAUCUACAACAAACAAAUUCCGAUUUGAAUUCCAAAAUUGUGGAAGUAGAAGAUUGUGCCCUAAUUCUAACUAAUAAAAUCAAAAAUUUAGAAUCAGAAUUGGAUGUGUUGAAAUCGAUAGAAGAUGUUGAAACAGUUGAAAAAUUAAAGGAAAAUAUAAAACAACUUGAAGUUCAGAAAUUAGGAUUGGAAGAGGCGAAUGAAUCAUUUAUGGAGGAACAAAAGAAAGUUGAUUUGAAAAUUGAUUCGUUGUUGGUUCAAUUGAAGUCUGCAGGAAAUCACGGAAGUCAAAGUGCAAUUUAUCUUGCUGAAUUGAAUGAAAAAUUGUUGGUACUCGAAGAUCAAAUAAAAAAUUUGAAACGAAGAUCAAUAAUUAAUCUUAAAGGUGAAAUAAAGAAUGGCAAUGAUGAUGAUGGUAGCACGCCAGAAAAUUCUUUAACAUGUAAUCAUAAUAAAUUGAUUAAUGGUCUAAAUGAAAAGAUAUCAUUGUUGGAAGAAGUUAAUGGAGAAAAAUCAAGCAUGAUAGAAACAUUAAAAGAUUCACUUGAUGACAAUCAAACGAUGCUAGAAGAGGCACGAGAAAAAUUAGAUGAAUUGCGACAAGAGAAAACAAGGUUAGAGGAACGAAUCACCAGUUUAGAGUCACAAUUAGAACAAACGACAGAGCAAUAUGAAAAAGUCAAGAAUUUUAUUGAAGAAAAACGAAAUAUGGAGAGUGCUUUAGAACAAGAGAGACGAUCCAAGAAAAAUGUUGAAGUAGCUUUAGCCCAACUUGAGAAUCAAUUGGAAGAACUUCAGAUCGCAAAGAGAAGUAAAUUCAUGUGCUUUUAA